ACGACAGGGUCGAUAACUCAGGCAGAUAAAUCGAUUAGAGAAAGAUUUUAUUUUGUGAAAUUUUUGCGAAAAUUCGCUGAAAUCUCAAUAAAAACGAUUGCAUUUGGCAGUGUGCAGUGUUCGGUGAGCCAAGGGCAGAGGGAACUGCACAUUUCCAGCACCGCCCGUGAGUUGGAGGCGCGGCAGUGCUAGACCGGCGCCCAAGACCCCCAAGAAACCGCCAUGUCGAAGAGUUCCGGGCGCGACCGGGACAGGGAAAGGGAGCGGGAGCGUGACCGCGAUCGAGACCGGGACAGGGAGAGAGACCGGGAGCGGGAGCGUGACAGCCGGCAUGACAGCCGCGCUCGCGACUAUGACAUGGGCAAGUCCAGGAACGGAGGGGGCGGCGGCGGAGGACUAGGCGGUGGCUCCCGCGGCGGCCGGGAUGACCGCAAGCGCGGCAAGGACAUGGCCAGCGAACGCGGAAGACGGGAUGAAAAGCGGCGUAAGCGCUCCAGGUCGAAGGACUACGAAAAAGACAAUUCUCCUUAUUACAGACGCAUGGACAAGGAGCGUGAACGUGAUCGGGAUCGCGACCGACAGCGGGAAAAGGACCGGGAGCGCGAGAAGGAGAAGGAGCGCGAGCGGGAGAAGGAUCGCGAACGGGAGCGCCAACGGGAGCGGGAGUCAGAUGGCAGACGGGCCGCUGCAGCCGCGCCGCUGGUCAUACCCGUGCCCUCGACCAGCUCCUCCGACGAGGCGGAAGAGGAGAUCGACAAGGAGGAGCAGCAGCGUCGCCUGGAGCAGGAGAUGAUCAAGCGGCGGGAGCGCAUCGAGCGCUGGCGGGCGGAACGCAAGCGAGACACCAAGGCGGCUGUUGUGGCGCCCGCUGUGGUCAAGUCCGCAAAGAAAUGGAGCCUGGAGGAUGAGUCCGAGGAGGACGACAGCAAUCCGGCUCCGCCGCUGGACACUGGCAAGAAGGACGCCGAGCCCGAUUCGCCGCCCUCCAAGUUCCACAGCAUUCGCAAGCGCUUCGACGACGAUGUGGUCGAGUCGAAGUUCUCGCCCGUAAAGCGUCCCACCUUCAGCAAGUCAUUUGGCGCCAAAUUGGGCAUUGGCCUGGCUCCCAAGAGCGAGGCGGAGAUCAAGAAGGAGCCGCCGGCUGUGGAGCCCAAGAAGGAGAUCAAAAAGGAGCCCGAGCCAGCUCCCGUAAAGAUGGAGAUCUUAGACGAGCCCGCCACAAAACAGGAGGAGAAGCCCAAAAAAGAGCCGGAGCAGUCGCAAGUGGAGGACAACGUAGAGUCCGCAGCUGGAGACAAGCCGCAACCUGAAGCCGAGCCGGAAGAUGACAUAGAUCCGCUGGAUGCCUACAUGCAGGAGGUCAACAACGAGAUGCGACGUGUGAACAACUUCGUUAAUCCUCCCACCAAAGCUCAGGGCGUGGUCAUCCUCACGGGCGUGGCCAAAAAGAAAACGGCCACCUUGAAGAAGGGCGAGCUGAUCGAACAGAACAUGGACAGCCUGGAGUACUCCAGCGAGGACGAGCUGGAAGACAUACGCGACACGGCCGUUAACCUGGCGAUGAAGCACCGCAAGGAGCUGGCCAAGAUCGAUCAUUCCUCGGUGACAUAUGCGCCCUUCCGCAAGAACUUCUACGUCGAGGUGCCGGAGCUGAGUCGCAUGACCGCCGGCGAUGUGGAGAAGUACCGCACCGAGCUGGAGGGCGUCCAGGUGAAGGGCAAGGGCUGUCCGAAGCCCAUCAAGACCUGGGCCCAGUGCGGCGUUAGCAAGAAAGAGAUGGACGUGCUGCGACGGCUGGGCUUCGAGAAGCCCACGCCCAUCCAGUGCCAGGCCAUACCGGCCAUCAUGUCCGGACGGGAUCUGAUAGGUAUUGCUAAAACUGGCAGUGGCAAGACGUUGGCAUUCAUUUUACCAAUGUUUAGGCACAUUCUGGACCAGCCGAGCCUGGAGGAUGGCGACGGCGCAAUUGCGAUCAUAAUGGCGCCCACGCGCGAACUCUGCAUGCAAAUCGGCAAGGACAUCCGCAAGUUCAGCAAGUCGCUGGGCCUGCGGCCAGUUUGUGUCUACGGCGGCACCGGGAUCUCCGAGCAGAUUGCCGAGCUGAAGCGCGGCGCGGAGAUAAUUGUGUGCACGCCGGGUCGCAUGAUCGAUAUGCUGGCGGCGAAUUCCGGACGUGUGACGAAUCUGCGCCGCGUCACCUAUGUCGUUCUGGACGAGGCCGACCGCAUGUUCGACAUGGGCUUCGAGCCGCAGGUGAUGCGCAUCAUUGACAAUGUGCGGCCGGAUCGCCAGACGGUCAUGUUCAGCGCCACGUUCCCGCGCCAAAUGGAGGCGCUGGCCCGACGCAUUCUCAAGAAGCCCAUCGAGGUGAUCGUCGGCGGGCGGUCGGUGGUGUGCAAGGAUGUCGAGCAGAAUGUGGUCAUCCUCAACGACGACGCCAAGUUCUUUAAGCUGCUGGAGCUCUUGGGCAUCUACCAGGAGGCGGGCAGCAUCAUCGUGUUCGUGGACAAGCAGGAGAACGCCGACAUCCUGCUGCGCGACCUGAUGAAGGCCUCGUAUCCCUGCAUGAGCCUGCACGGCGGCAUCGAUCAGUUCGAUCGCGACUCCACCAUCAUCGACUUCAAGUCGGGCAAGGUGCGGCUGUUGAUCGCCACCUCGGUGGCAGCGCGCGGCCUGGACGUUAAGGAUCUCAUCCUGGUGGUCAACUACGAUGUGCCCAACCACUACGAGGACUACGUGCACAGAUGUGGUCGCACCGGUCGAGCGGGCAAGAAGGGUAGCGCCUACACGUUCAUAACACCUGAACAGUCGCGCUAUGCCGGCGACAUCAUCCGCGCCCUGGACCUAUCCGGCACCCUGAUCCCCGCCGAGCUGCAAACCCUUUGGACCGAGUACAAGGCCGCCCAGGAGGCCGAGGGCAAGACGGUGCACACGGGCGGCGGUUUCAGCGGCAAGGGCUUCAAGUUCGACGAGCAGGAAUUCAACGCCGUCAAGGAGAGCAAGAAGCUGCAGAAGGCGGCCCUGGGACUGGCCGAUUCCGACGAUGAGGAGGACAUCGAGCAGGACAUUGACCAGCAGAUCGAGCAAAUCUUUGCGGCCAAGCGCACGGUGAAGGAUACUUCGGCUGCGGCCACGGCUGCUGCGGCGGCUGCCGCUGCGGCUGCUGCUGCCGCCGCCGUUUCGGGAGGAAAUCCCGCCCUGGCCUCGGCGGCGGCCCAAGCGGCGGCAGCAGCAGCUGCUGCCAAUUUGGCCAUAGCAGCGGCUUCGGCGGCGAGCGCUGCUCAUAGCGCUGGCGGAGCCCUCAGCUCCGACAAACUGGAGCUGGCCAAGCGGCUGGCCUCCAAGAUCAACAGCAGCAAGAACCUGGACACCAAGCCCAGCGUGGUGGCCGUGGAGCCCAUGCUCAAGGGCCCGCAUGUCACGGGCGCCGCCGCACCGCUGUUAACCGCCCGAACGGUGGCCGAGCAGAUGGCCGCCAAGCUGAACAACAAGCUCAACUACCAGCCCAAGGAGGAUGAGGAGGGACUGGGCCCGCUGAUGGGCGGCACCACCAAUUCGUUUACAAAAUACGAGGAGGAGCUGGAGAUUAACGAUUUCCCGCAGCAGGCGCGCUGGAAGGUCACCUCCAAGGAGGCGCUCGCCCAGAUCUCCGAGUACUCGGAGGCGGGUCUCACCGUGCGUGGAACGUAUGUGCCGCAGGGCAAGAAUCCACCGGAUGGCGAGAGGAAGCUCUACCUGGCCAUCGAGAGUUGCAGCGAGCUGGCCGUGCAGAAGGCCAAGCGCGAGAUCACGCGUCUCAUCAAGGAGGAGCUGCUGAAGCUCAGUUCCGCUCACCACGUCUUUAACAAGGGACGCUACAAGGUGGUCUAGACCCCCGUAGGAACCUCCCGCUAUGAUAAGAUAAUGAACUGUUCCUUGGAAUGCGAUCAGAUUAACAUAAGGAAAUUUCCAAGCGGAUUUAUCCCAAUAAAUUGAUUGGACACA